AUGGCCGCCGAAGUAGACGAAUUAUAAAUAUUUCGUCAUAACCGGUGUACAACUUCCUGUCCUCACAUUGCAAAACAUGGCGUUGCUUUUAAGGUCGAUUGCCCGACCGGGCCUGUACGUGUCCCGUUGUCAGUUUGGAGUCCUCUACAGACAUGCCGUUCCCAUGGGAACAACAGCAAAGGAGGAGAUGAAUAAAUUUUGGGUCAAAAACAACCGACUGAACCGGCCCAUGUCUCCACACCUCACCAUCUACAGGUGGUCCAUUCCCAUGGUGAUGUCAAUCACUUUUAGAGGAACAGGAGUUGGCCUUAGUGGAGGCAUCUCUUUGUUUGCGGUGGCGGCGCUGGUGUUGCCAGGUAACUACCCGUACUACCUGGACCUGAUCCACUCUCUGGCGUUCGGCCCGCAGUUCCUGGCCUUCACCAAGUUCGCCCUGGCCUUCCCCGUGGCCUACCACACCUGCAACGGCAUUCGCCACCUGAUGUGGGACACAGGUAAGGGCUUUAAGAUCCCGGAGGUGUACCGCUCUGGCUACGUGGUGUGUGCCGUGUCCGUGCUCACCUCCAUCGCUAUGGCCUGCCUGUGACUCCGCCUCCGUCGCUAAGGCCUGCCUGUGACCCCGCCUCCAUCGCUAAGGCCUGCCUGUGACUCCGAGGGCCCCAGGAGCGUGUUCUGUCUGUCUGUGUCGUUGAAGUGAUGUUCCAUAAAUAAUUAAUAAAUAAAUCUCUCUAUAUAUCUCUACGGAA